CCCACCAGCCCCACGGCCCCCACGCCCCACCGCCAUCCCCCAGCCACUCCCUGGAAAACACGUCUCAGCUGGGUGUCCCUCACGGCAUCGCAGGGGCGUGGGGACCCCCACCCCGACAGCUCCCUGGACAGGCCAGCCAGGUCCUGCCCCUCGUCCUCAGGUGUGCCAGCAGCCAGAGGGUGACCUUGAAGCUGAGCAGCAUCUCUAGUACAAGGUGAGGUUGGCUGAGGGUUGGAUGCUGAUUCCUCCCAGGAGAUGGACAGAGUCACCAGGCACCUGGUCUUCCAGUUCCCCCAGACCUCGCACAAGCACGACUACAACGAUGCUCACCAAGCCGGCUUGGGCGGGGGAGCCGACAGUGACGAUGACAUAUUUGGCCCCGCUCAACACAGCAGCCAGAGGGUGGAAAAUGGCUACAGCUGGAAAACGAAGUCCAAGUCACCUUCCUGUUUCCUGGAUGGUGGAAAAGAUGUUUGGACCCCGUCCCCGGACAGGGAGUCCAAGCUGGAGGUGGUGAGGUCAGGAAGCCUGUACGACCUCAGGGCUUACAAAGGCGAGAGGAAACCUUCGAAGCUUUAUGAUGAGGAUGAGGAGGAACAGUACAGGGUCCCUCCACCAAACAUCUCACCCGAGAAAGCCAGGGAGCUUGAGCAUGAGAGGAGGGAGAUCAUCCGGGACCAGGUGGUGAGGAAGAGCUCCACCAUCGCUGAGAGGUGGAGCUCCAUGGAUGAGCUGAGCUCCAUAAGUGCCGGCAUGGGCAGCCGGGGUGAAGGCAGGCGCACGGGCAGCUUCACCACCAGCUUCGCCCUUUGCUUUGACAAACCUUCCUCGGGCAGGGCAGUGACACCUGUCAAUGCUGAAAAUAUUGACACAGAGCAGAUCAACUUCUCCACUGCUCGGCAGCAGUUCCUGAUGCUCGAAAAGACCAGCCCAGGCUCCUUCCUCAGUCCAGGGCAACAGGCCAUGUCUCCAAAGCCAGACUUGAUGACAAAAAUCUCUAGGCGAGAGUCACCCAGUCCCGAGGUGGCCACAAAGGCUGCAAGAGGUUACAGUAAUGCUGGCGCUUCCAGCCAGAGCAAGAUGGACAAGACCGUUUAUCAGGUUUAUAAUGUGUCCUACAAGACCCCUGUGAAGAAGGAGGUUUAUGCUCCCAGAAGUGCUGAUAAUGAAAGGUCAUAUCCCAUUGGGAAAACAUGCAGUUUGACUAAAGCAUCUUCCAGAGAGGACCUGGACUCUGGCUUGGGUGAGAUGCAUAAUGAAGCCAAUGCCGACUAUGCCAGCGAUGGAAGCACUUCCAACGAGGUCUGCAAUGGCCUUGCGGAUCUGAAGACCAGCAGCAAUGGCCUGGACAAGGAGACGAAGCUCAGCAACGAGACGCCCAUCGAGCGGGAGAUCCGCAUGGCAAUGGAGAGGGAGGAGAACCUCUGGAAGGAGAGGGGGAUCCAGCGGCUGACCUCCAGCAGCGAGCUGGUGGAGAUCCAGGCCAAGCCCCUGCUCUCCAUACACACCUCUCCCGGCCCCGGCAGGAAAGGGAAGGACAAAGGCCGCGCUUCCCUUUAUGUCCAGAGGGAAAUUGAGCAGGAAACGAAGCGUGAGGAAGAUCUGAAGAAGCAAGGGAGGCUGCUGGGGACCUAUGACAGGGGGACACAGCAGGAGCUGGAUGAGCGCAGGCGGGUGUUUGAGCAGGAGGAAGCCCCCCACCAGAAGCACCCGCCCCCGAGGAAGGUGGACGAGCGGAGGAGCUGGGUUAAUGAGUUUGUGGUGGAGCAGCCCAUGAGCCACGGCCCCUGCCCUGCAGAAGACACCAGGGGUGGGAGAAGCCUUCCUGGCUAUGCAACGAGCAUCACGCACUUCGUCACCAGCGAGAAGAGCUGGGAGCAGCCCCUGGUGUCCCAGCAUGUUUCCGCCAACGCCAGCAAAUGGGGGAGCGAGGAUUCCCAGGGAGGAAGGCUUCCCGGCUCCACCCUGAGCGCCGGCACAGCUGUCCUGCCCAGGGAGAACUUCUUCUUUUCCUUCUGGAAGCCCAAGGUCUCCUUCAUGGACAACAUGGGGACGCAGAACCCACUGCAGAGGGACGAUGGCCGGGAGGAGCAGUACAAGCUGAGGACCUGGAAGCCCCGGACAUCAGCGCUGAUCGAUGAGGAGAUCUGGAGCGACUUGCAGAGGGAAGAGGAGCUGCAGGAGCAGCGGCGACGGCGGCAGCUGAUAGAUGGCUACUCCCCGGUUGGCAGCGACAGUGUUCCCCGGGAGGGCUCCCGCUCACGGCACAGCUCUGCUGCCUCAGGUGUCAGCGGCAGCAUGGAGACCCUCGCCCCCGACUCGGCCCGUUCCAGCCCCUUCGAGGAGCGGAGGAGGAGGAUGAAGGAGGAUGGGAAGUACGCGGGCAUUGAACCUGUUGACAAGAUCAACACAGAGGUUGUGGAAAGCACCAGAGUGAUCCGUCACAAGAGCGCCAUGGCCCAGCGCUGGGAGGCCGGGCAGUACGUCAGGGACGAUGACUGAGAGAGACCCCAGGACUGGGGGGGGCCCGGGACCACCGGACUUCACCAUGAACUGACCCCCUCUUAGGGAUCCGCUAGCACCAGAUCCAAAUACCUGAUCACUUUAGCUCCUGGUUAUCCCGAGAAUCGGAGGCUUGUACACUGCAAAUCGCAUCUAUUUUUCAUAUAACUGAUGAUCUGCUAGAUCUGCUCAUUUGUUCCCCCUUCCUUUGGAGGUGAGGUAACAUUUUAUUUUAUUUUUUCCAAAGAGGGGAAAAAUCGGAUCACUUGCUUUUUAAUCACUUUUGCAAGGAGACAGCCAGAUGAAAUCAUACGGUAAUUUAACGUCUUUCUCAUGGAAGCUGUGUGUCUGGCUUACAAAAAAGCUCUUUCAUUUUUAAGUGGGUUUAGGAUUUUAGGUACCACAUCGGGCAUCUCCCGGGAGGGUCCCAAGGCUGAUGGGGACCCUGGGCUCAACAUCAGCAUCAACCCGGGGGCAUCGACGUUUCUGCUUAACUCAUGUGAUCUGCUGAAAUGCAGCAAUAGAAUAUACAUACAUAGAUAUAUAUAGAUAUAUAUAUAUAAAUGCUGUUUAUUUUGCUAAUUUAUUAAAGUCAUCGCUCUCCUUCA